AUGUAUAUUUUAUUAAUGAAGAACAACGUGAAGGCUCUAACGCGCUAUUUCGUCGUUCAGUUGGAGACGUUGGCGAAAGACUUCACACCAUACAAUCCGACACCUGAUGAUAGUGACGAGAGCAUUGGCAAGACGAGAUCUACUGGGACUCGUUGUGCACAGCCAAAGCGUGAAGAACGAGCUCCACCGCGAUCCUACGAGAUUGACAAGGGGACUCCAAGCAAGGGGACCAACCUUCCUCCAGUUCCUCGCACAACUACCUAA